AUGAGUGGUUGUUUUGUGUCCAGUCCUUUGACACACACUUGUUUAUUUCUUCUUCUUCUUGUUGGAUUCUUGACGAAUCUUUCAGUGAUAUCUUCUUUAUCUACACCUGUCAAUUAUUAUAUACAAACACUUGAUGGUUUCUACAAUACUUUGGAUAAAGUAGUGGAGGCAAAGAAUGCCUACAUGUUGUCUCCCACUGGAUUGUGUCUUGGCUUGAAUGGAGAUGUUUUUGUUUCGGAUGCAGAGAGACAUGUAGUUUUUAGGAUUUUUAACACCAUGUCAUUGGUGGAGGUUUAUGCUGGUUAUGUAACGAAUGGAUACAAUGGAGAUGGAUUGAAGGCUGUGGGUACAUUAUUGAAUACACCAACAGCUAUAUCUGUGAAUCCAGUGAAUGGCGAUUUGUAUAUUGCUGAUUCACUCAAUAAUAGGAUUAGAAUAGUUUCUAAUAGAACCAGAACAACAUCUAUUGCACACAUGUUUAAUAAUCCAAGAGGUGUUUAUGUUUCUGUGAAUGGCUUUGUAUACAUUUCGGAUACAGAUAAUAAUUUAAUCAAAAAAUACGAAAUUUCAACAUCACAAAUUUCCGUUAUUGGAGGAGGUGGUUAUUUAAAUGGUGAUUAUGAUGGUGUAGAUGCCAAGCUUUUGAAAUUACAAUCUCCAAAGAAUAUAUUCGUUGUUUCUAAUGGAAAUAAGGAUAUUGUCUAUUUCACAGAUGCAGAAAGACUCAAGUCAAUUGAUGAAAAUGGAAAGUAUAGAAUUGUGGAUGGAGGAGUGGCUCAAUCUAAUUUAUAUGGCGUCUAUGUUUCUAAUGGAGGUGAAAUUUACGCUUCAUCUCAAAGUAAUAAUUUUGUACAAAUGAAAUUAGUGAAUUCAGCCGAAACUCAAAUUUUUGUUGGAGGUUCAGAGGGAUAUGGUGGAGAUAAUCAAUUAUAUAAUUCUCCUAAUAUCAGUUUUUAUGAACCUUCCUCUUUGAUUGUCACUCAAAAUACAUUAAUAGUGGCAGAUAAAUCGAAUAGAUGCAUUCGAAAGAUUGAUUUACAAACCAAAAUGGUUUCCACAUUAUCAGGUGGAAUAGUUAAUCAUCCAAACGGUGAAGACAUUUCGCCUCUCCAAAUGUAUUCAGGAGGUGAUAUUAAUUUUCCAUUCUACCAUAAGAAUGAGUUGUACUUUGUUGAAAAAUUGUGGUUCCUUAGAAAGGUUUCGAAUGGAAAGAUGAAAACGGUAUUGGGCUGUCAUAGAGACUAUCCCAUCAAGUACAGUGCAGGCAUUCCACAACGUAUUUACCUUCCUAUUACUACUGUAUUUUAUAUUGGAAAUGGUGAUGUAUUACUUUUAAGUGAAUAUUCUAUUUACAAUUUCAAUUUGGAAACUCAAAUUUUGACAUUAGCAUUUUCCUCUUCACAAAUUUAUCCUUCGUUGGCUGCAAUUGGAGAUUCUUUUAACAAUUCUACAAUUUAUGUCAGAUAUAGUAAUUAUAUAACAGCUGUUCAAAAAUCAACAAUUGUGUAUUAUUUAUUACCAAUUCCAACGAGUAUUGUUGAUCAAAUUGUUGUUUUUCCAAAUUUAAGAUACCCUAAUUGUAAUUCAGUAUUUACUUAUUCAACUGUAUUGAACACUCUUUACGAAUAUCUUGAUUUUAAGAAUGGAUCAACAACAGUUGUUACUAUGCCUAUACCAUCAUCUUUUUCUUUUACUGGGUUUUCAAUGAAUGGUAACAAUUCUCUAUUUUUUUGGAAUGCUGGUCAACUCUAUGAUUACCAAUUAGAAACCCAUUCACUGAAGAAAAUUUCAGGCUUGGACUACUAUAAUGUUUCAAAUUCAGCUUAUUUUAUUGUUGGAUACAAUGGUGAGAAUAUUCCAAUAGAAAAUUCUGCCCUAUUUUCUCCCAGAGCUACUAGACAAAGCUCUAGCAUUAUCGUGACUAAUGUUUAUCAUAUUAGUGAACUUUCGAAUGGGAAAAUUACAACAAUAGCUGGACUUAGCCCAAUUUCUAGAACAUUAGUCCCAGGUCUUUUAAUGAGAGAUUCAUCUAAGAAGGUGAUCUACUUUGUUGAUAAUAGGACUUUAAAGAAAUUUGAUGAAACAACCGGAAAGUCAACCUCUCUCAGUACAUCACUGUUUACUAGCAUAACCACUCCAUUCGAUACACCCUAUUUAACAUUGAAUCUUCAGCCAUCUGUGUCAAGGCCAUAUGGUCUCUUUUCAAAGUUUGAUGGAAAAAUCUACAUUAAGGACGCUUGUAGAAUUAUUAGAAUCGACCCGAAAACCGUGAGUUUUGAAAAACUUAUUGGAAAUGCAUGUGGCAUGUUUGUGGUUGGUGUUAAAGGAACUGAUUCUCCUUGCCCAGCUGCUAAUACAGCAAUGACAGGAAUGACUUAUGAUGAGACAACUGGUGAUUUACUUUUUUCCACAGCUUCUUCCAUUUUUAGAUAUAAUCUGAAAACUCAAUUCAUUUCAUUAGAGUUUGCUUUUUCUAUUGUUGGUACCGUAAUUUCUUCUGAUGGAAUAAUUAAUAAUGCAACAAUUCCUGGACUAAUAGCAAAUAUUCUCUACCAAGAUGGUUAUUUGUAUAUUUGUACGUCAUCUACCAUUAGAAGAAUUGAAAAGUUAUCUGAUGGUACUUUUUAUUUGAGAACUAUAGUUGGCAAUUUUAUUGCAGGAUAUUCAGGAGACAAAUUACCAGCACUCCAAUCAUCCAUCGACAAUCCAUCUGCUCUCUAUGUGAAAAAGAAUGGAGAUGUAAUUAUUUUGGACGGCAUUGGUGCUUGUAUUGUUCGAAUGUAUCAGAAUCAAAGUGGAUUACUAUUGGAUAUUGCUGGGUCAAGAUCUGUAGCCUCAAAAUUCAAUGGGGAUGGAUUUGGAACAUAUUCAAUGUUUACAUUGUUCUCAAAACAAGUAGACUAUGAUGAAGGCACGGGAGAAAUCUUUCUCAUUGAUUCUGUAUAUAUUCGAAAAGUUAUUCCAUAUUGUGGUGAAAACUACCUUUAUAAUUCUUGGAAUAAUACAUGUGAUGCCAAAUUGAGCUGUAAUGGAACAUUGGCAAUAAGUGAAAAUGUUUGUAAUGGAAAUGGGCAAUGUUCCGAUUUUAAUGUUUGUCAAUGUAAGAGUGGAUUUGAAGGACAGUUUUGUGAAAUUCAGAAAACUCAAGAUUCUACAGUGUUAAUAGUUGCUAUUGUCAUACCAGUUGUUGCAUUUAUAUUGAUUUUGCUUACAGUUUUGAUAUUGAUCAUUGUACUAUUCAUGUGUUUCUCCAAGAAAAGGAAGAAGGAUUUUGAACUAGCUAAAUUGGAUACUAGAAAUGUAGAACUUUCCGAAACCACCUUCCUUUCUAUUAGUUCAAUGAUUAUAUCCUCAUCUGCUGGUUCUUCCGUUGGUUCUGAUACGGCAAAUCCAUUUUCCAGAUAUGCCAAUAUUUCAAGAAUUGGUCAAGGAGCUUUUGGAAGCGUUUACAAAGUGACCGAUUUGAAAACAAACAAACCGAAAGCAAUCAAGACUGUUAAAUUUGAAUCAUUGACAGACCUGAACACAAUAAUGAAAGAAGCAUCCCAAUUAAGCAAUAUCAAACAUCCAAAUAUUAUCAAAAUUAAUGACUAUUUCAUUACCAAUGAUAACUUGUUGAUUAUUGACAUGGAUUUUUAUGAAUUGGGCGAUUUAUCUAAAUUGAACACAGAUAAUUGCAGGGAAAAGAUUGUAAAGCAAAUUUUGAAACAAAUGUUGAGCGCAUUGAAAUAUGUUCACGAAGAAAUGCACAUUAUUCACAGAGAUAUUAAGCCAACUAAUAUUUUUAUUAAGAAACUGUCGAGUGAUAAUAUAGAAAUUGUAUUGGCAGAUUUUGGAUUAGCCAAAAAGUAUCAAGAAAUGUCAGGUCAUUCCUACGCUGGCACUCCACUUUAUAUGAGUCCAGAAGUUGCACUUGGAAGUUCAUAUUCAUUUAACACAGAUAUCUUCUCUUUGGGAAUUUCAAUCUAUCAAAUCAUGACCAACGACCAAGCAACUUCGAUCAGUAACUUGCUUAUGGGAAAUCAAGCAGAGAAUGCCAUUAAAAUUUUGACAAAUCAAAUGAAGGAAACAGCUCACAAUGAAUAUUCUGAAGAAUUAAUUCAGAUAGUUUUGAAAAUGUUAGAGAAGGAUGCAAAGCAAAGACCAUCUGCUGCACAAUUACUUUCUCUCACUUAUUUCAAAUAGAAAAUAAAAAAUUACAUCAUUUUAAUAAU